UUUUACUAUCUUAUAGCCGCAACCGAUAAACCUAACCUAAAUAUAUGCAAAAUUAAAACUAACUAAAAAUAAAAGCCAACUAAAAUAAUUCAUUCAUAUUUUAUACAAUAUAAUCGUGUACUAAUAUGCCUAAAAAAGAUACAGUAAUAAAUGAGAAUGAAGACAACAAGACGACAGAAAAAAAUGCUGCUGAGGAGAAUACAGCAAGUGGGAACAACGAUGAUGAUUGUGCAAAUAAGAAAUUGGUUAUAAAGGAAUCGGCGUCUGAAGGUGGAGCCGAAGAAAAGAAGCCGCCAGCAAUAGUGGAUUUGGCUGCAGAUUUAAAUAUAACCAAAAAAGAUCUUUUACAAAUUGUUUCUGAUGCGGUGUCUGGAAAUCGGCAGACUAAACAAUUUGCCUUUUGGUCGACCCAACCCGUGCCUCAGUUACACGAAGAUAUAACUACAAAUGAAUGUAUUGAACCCGAUAAGGAGAUCUCUGAAAUCAGACCAGAUCCCUAUGCUCUGCCAGAGGGCUUUAAAUGGGAUACCUUGGAUUUGAAUAAUAGUAGCGAUCUCACGGAAUUGUAUACGCUGUUAAACGAAAACUAUGUGGAAGACGACGAUGCCAUGUUCCGAUUUGAUUAUCAACCAGAGUUUUUGAAAUGGUCCCUACAAUCACCCGGUUGGAGACGUGAUUGGCAUUUGGGCGUACGUGUUGUUAAAUCGGGACGUUUGGUAGGCUUUAUAUCUGCCAUACCCAGUACUCUUCGAGCUUACGACAAAGUCAUAAAGGUUGUCGAAAUUAACUUUUUGUGUGUCCACAAAAAAUUGCGCAGUAAACGGGUGGCGCCUGUACUGAUCCGCGAAAUAACAAGGCGAGUUAAUUUGACAGGCAUUUUCCAAGCAGCAUAUACAGCAGGAGUAGUUUUGCCAAAGCCUGUAGCCACAUGCCGCUACUGGCAUCGUUCAUUAAAUCCAAAGAAGCUUAUUGAGGUAAAAUUUUCCCAUCUGGCACGAAAUAUGACUAUGCAACGUACUAUAAAACUGUUUAAAUUACCUGAUCAACCGAAAACCAAAGGCUAUCGCCGCAUUGAGCCCAAGGAUAUGGAUAAAGCUCUAAAACUAUUCGACGAAUUUAUGAAAAAAUUCAAUAUGUGUCCUGUUUUCAGCAAAGAAGAGUUUCGCCAUUGGUUUACGCCCAAGGAUGGCAUUAUAGAUUGCUUUAUUGUCGAAGACGAUAAAGGCAAUAUUACAGAUUUAACCAGCUUCUAUUGCUUGCCGUCAUCAGUAAUGCAUAAUCCGGUGCACAAAACAUUGCGUGCUGCCUACUCAUUUUAUAAUGUUUCUACAAAGACUCCCUGGUUGGAGCUCAUUAACGAUGCUUUAAUUUCUGCGAAAAAUAUACAAAUGGAUGUAUAUAACGCUCUCGACUUGAUGGAGAAUAACACGUUUUUGAGACCUUUGAAAUUUGGUCCAGGCGACGGCAAUUUACAAUAUUACUUGUACAAUUGGCGAUGCCCGAGCAUGAAACCCCAAGAUGUGGCUUUAAUACUAAUGUAACUAAAUUGGACAUCCCAACAAAGCUAAUAACACACACACACACACACAACAAAAUGCUUCUCGCAUGUAUAAAUAUGUAUUUUUACUUUAGUUUCAAGUCCUGCUCCUUCUACAAUCACACCCAUACACCCCCACACACAUCUUGAUCUUUUGCUUGUAAACAUUUUUGUACUGUAGUUUGAAUUCUUAAAACAAAACAAAAAUAUAACACCAAACCAAAACGAUUUGCUACACAUAGAUUAAAUGAAAAUGAAAACAUUCUACAUUAUUAAUGAUAAUUGUGUGUUGUUGUUGUUGUAAGACGUUGGCUGGUUCCGAUAAUUUUGUUAGACAUUGUUAUUGAUAAAAUGUGCCACCCAAACUCAACAAGCUACAACAAAAACUACACAAAACUCUCAUUCAUAGUGCAAAAUAGAAUUUUCUUAGUCAUUAAAAAAAAAUUAACAUUUUUAAGCCUUUAGUCAUUAUUGCGCUAAUUUGGUUCCUCUUCAUUUCGUUAAUGCGAUAGUAACAACUGCAGACACUCAAAUUCCAAUUUUUUCUAAUAAAGAAAACAAUCACAAAUGUGUUUAUACGAA